AAUAUCACAAUAAGUCAAGUCAACGAUAUAUAUCAAUUUAUAUACACACUACUACGUGAAUGUAAGCAUCGUAGCUCAUUUGAUCAUGGCUUCUCUUAUUCUUCUCAGUCUCCUCUCUCUAUCGACCAUAAUCCUUUCUCUCGCAGAAAAUAUAAGCAUCGACUGUGGAGCUUCGAGAUCCUACGUGGACUCUGACAAUGUAACAUGGCUCGGAGACAGAGGCUUUGUCACCACCGGUGAGUCCUUCCUGAUUCCAGGUAACCUUACAGAGCCACUCAACAACCUCCGAUACUUCCCUUCCGAUCAAACCAACUGCUACACCAACAUUCCCGCGACAAAAGGUCUGAAAACGCUCGUCAGAACGCUGUUUUACUACGGGAAUUACGACAAGAAGUCCUCGCCACCGUCGUUCAACGUGGUUUACGAUGGGAAACACCUUGAUAGUGUUGUUACUACUUCACUGUUUAUAUCGGAGGUUAUAUUUGCUCCGGCGAGUGAGAAUAUCAGCGUUUGUCUAAUCCGUACGUCUCCGUCAGAUGAUCCUUUUAUAUCGUCCAUUGAAGUUUAUAGUUUAGAUGCUGGCAUGUACGACGAUCUUGGUCCUGACGAAGGUCUCAUUCUCCGACAAAGAUUUGCGUAUGGUGCCAAAGAGCUUAUAGGCUACCCUUCAGACCCCUACGGUAGGCUAUGGUUCCCGUCAACGUCCAGCGAUACCACAAUCAGCGAAUUAACGACCUUAGCUCCAUCGGUAGACAUUUCUGGUGCGUCGAACAAGCCGCCCAAGAUUGUUAUGUCAAAGGCUUUGUCAGCAGCCAGCUUAAUUUUAUCAGACGAGACCCUACCAUUAGCGGGCAUACCGGUUUACUUGGCUCUAUAUUUCUCGGAGCCUCAGAGUUUAGGUCGGACUCAGACACGGUCGUUCAACAUUUUCUUAGAUACCACACAAGUGGGAUCAGGUCCCAUCAUACCGGUAUUUGGGAAAGUCACUCAAGUUGUUGUAAGAGAUGUGGUGGCCACGUCAGUGUCCCAAGUGGUCAUUCAGUCUACGGACGACUCCACUUUGCCCUCAAUCAUCAAUGCUUUGGAGCUAUAUUCGAUAAGUUCCGGCCAAGACAAUGGCGAUAAUGGAGGAGAAGAAAACGGCAGUGGUGGUGGAGGACAAACUAGCAGUAGCAAUGAUGAUUCGGAAGGUUCUGGAGGAACGGAAACACGAACAAACAACAAUGCAGUGGGAGGUGGGGCAAAUAAAGUUAGACGGAAGAAGAAAAACAAAUUACCACUCAUUCUUGGCGUUACGUUUGCCUCUGUGUUUGUGGCUCUCUCGUCAGCAUUUGCGGCUAUUUUCUUGAGAAAACGUCCAGACGCUAAGCCACAAUCCAACACGCUACCAACCACGUCCACAGGAACGGUGACAGGGAUAUCACCUUUAGUUGGACAACAAUUGGCUAGCGAUGCAAACCACCCUGCAGGGCAUGAUGAGCCGGGUAUAAGCAUUGACUGUGGAACAACGGGAUCCUACGUGGACUCCAACAAUGUAACAUGGGUCGGAGAUAAUGGCUUCGUCACCACAGGCAAGCCCAUGAACAAUACGGACGUUGUCACAAAGCCAAUCAACACUCUCCGGUACUUCCCAACCGGUCAAACCAACUGCUACACCAACAUUCCGGUGACCAAAGGCCGGAAAAACCUCGUGAGGACGAAAUAUUACUACGAGAACUACGACGGGAAUUACUCGCCGCCAUCUUUUGACAUAGUUUAUGACGGGAAACACCGUGAUUCUAUUGAAAUUACUGAGUCGUCGGAGAACGACGAGGAGAGGUUUUAUUUCUCGGAGUUGAUAUUUGCUCCGUCGAAUGAGAAUAUCAGCGUUUGCCUCAUCCGUACAUCUCCGUCCCAUAACCCCUUUAUUUCUUCCAUUGAAGUUUACAGCUUCGAUACCGGCAUGUACGCCGAACUUGGUCCCAACGAAGGUCUCAUUCUCCAAGAAAGAUAUGCGUACGGUGCUGAAGAGUCUAUAAGCUACCCGCUAGACCCUUACGGUAGGCUAUGGAUACCUUCAGGGUCCGAAAACAGUCUCUCACUGACGGAUCUCAAGACCUCAGCUCCAUCAAUAGACAUCACCGGGGUCUCGAACAAGCCACCAGAGAUUGUUAUGUCAAAGGCAUUGUCAGGAGAUAGCUUAAUACUCUCCAACAUGGGUCUGAUCCCCUUAACCGGUCUACCGGUAUAUUUGGCUCUUUAUUUCUCGGAGCCUCAGAGUCUAGUGGCCACCUCCGGAUCUCAGAUAGUCUUUCAGUCAACCGAGGAUUCGGUUCUGCCACCGAUCAUCAAUGGUUUGGAGUUCUAUUCGAUAAGUAACAGCCGGGACGGUGGAGGCGGAGGCGGAGGCGGAUCGAAACCACAAGCAAACAACGCAGUAGGAGGUAUAAGCAUUGACUGUGGAACAACGGGUUCGUACGUGGACUCCAACAAUGUAACAUGGGUCGGAGAUAAAGGCUUCGUCACCACCGGCGAGUCCAUUAAUAUCACGGACGUCGUCAAAAAACCGAUCAAUACCCUCCGGUACUUUCCAACCGGUCAAACAAAUUGCUACACCAACAUUCCGGCGACAAAAGGCCGGACCACCCUCGUGAGGACGAAAUUUUACUACAAAAACUACGACGAGAAUUACUCGCCACCAUCAUUCGACGUGGUUUACGAUGGGAAACACCGUGAUUCUAUUGCUAUGACAGUUGACUCGUUGUUCAGCGACGAGGAAUCAUUCCAUUACUCUGAGGUGAUAUUUGCUCCAGCGAAUGAGAAUAUCAGCGUUUGCCUCGUCCGUACGUCUCCGUCCGAUAACCCUUUUAUAUCUUCCAUUGAAGUUUACCACUUCGAUGCCGGCAUGUAUGACGAUCUUGGUCCUGAAGAAGGUCUCAUUCUCUAUAAAAGAAAUGCGUACGGUGCCACAAAGCUUAUAAGCUACCCGUUAGAUCCUUACGGUAGGCUAUGGUCCCCAAAAGGGUCCCAAGACUACCCCGGACUGAUCGAUCUUACAACCUCAGCCCCAUCCAUAGACAUCACCGGAGCGUUGAACAAACCGCCAGAGAUUGUUAUGACGAAGGCAAUGUCAGGAGACGGCUUAAUAAUGUCCGGCCUGAAUCUCCCCUCUACCCCUCUACCGAUAUACUUAGCUCUUUACUUCUCAGAGCCUCAGAGUCUAGGUCGGACCCAAAAACGAUCGUUCACCGUUUUCUUGGACGGCAUGCAAGUGGGUUCACAUCCCAUAGUACCAGUUUUUGGGAAAGCGACUCAAGUCGUUUUAAGAGGUGUAAUGGCCAGUUCGGAGUCCCAAUUAGUUUUUAAGUCAACCGAUGACUCGGGUUUGCCGACCAUCAUCAGUGGUUUGGAGCUCUAUUCGAUAAGUAACUACAAGGACAAUGGAAGCGGAGGCGGGGGCCAAAGCGGCAGUAGUAAUAAUGGAGGAAAGAAAAAGAACAAUGUACCACUCAUUCUAGGCGUUACGUUCGCCUCCGUGUUCGUAAUUCUCUGGUCAGCGUUUGUGGUUACUAUUUUGAGAAAGCGUCAAAAUGCGAUGAAACAGUCCAACACAGCACCAACUAUGUCCACAGAGCAUGGAAUAGGAACAGGAGAGUCACCUCUAUUUGGACAAGAAACGGCCAGCGACAAGAUUGAUUCGUAGUAUGUUGUUCAAGAUGAACAUGGAAACUAGUUGUGGACGAGCUAGAUCCAUGUGUUAUUCUAUUUCUACACCUUUUUUUUUUUGUCUUAUUUAUGAUUCUUUUUAAUAAAAGUUUAAUUUGUUU